UUUUUCUACUAAGCAAAUCAUAAAACAUAAAAGUAAAUCACAAGAAUAGCUUAUCAUGCUUAUAAAUACACCAUGCCUUAAAUUUUAUACUCCUUCCAACCCUCCAACAAGCCUUAAUAAACUCUAUGUCUAUACUCCAAAACAAGAUGAAGAGGAAACAAAUUCUUGCUUAUUUUCUCUAUGCACUCCUCUUGCUGGUUGCUUCUUUUCCACAUUACCUCAGUGCUGCAUCCGAUAAUGUUAAACUACAUGGAGCAAGUACACCAGCAAAAAAUACUUUAGCUCUACGACAAAUGCUAGUUACUUGGGCCAAUUCCAGAAAGCUUGUUAAAGGAAAUGGUCCCAAAAUUCCAUCAGGACCUAACCCCAUUGGUAACAGGCACCCACCAUCGAUCCAUAGUUGAGAGGAGGAGCAGUACUUAUUUAUCUAUGGUUUCAUUUGCAAGAACAAAGAAAAUAAUGGAGUAUAUAUUAUGAUAUGCUAUGCAUGAUUUUUUUCUCAAUUACUUUCAGAGGAAUAUAUGUAUGCUGGCUUAGCUACAUUUGGUAUUCAUAUUUAUAGAUUUGAUCAUUGCUACC